CAAAAUUUCGAAUUCAUUUUUUUUCUCAUAUCCAUGUAUCUUGUUGUCGAGAUGAUCAAUUUGAGGAUAUUUAAGCAGCAAAACAACUUGUUCCCGUGAAAUUUUUGAUGUGAGCCCUAAUUUGAUUGUUUAGAGCCUUGGCUCUAUAAAAACCGUUACCGUUAUUUGUUAACAGUCCGUUAAACAUUGUAACGAAGAGGGAGUGAAGAGACGGACACGUUUUGGGCAGUAGUAAAGCAACGCCCGUUCGAAAGUAGACUGAGAAGAUGUCUUUCUUUAGCUCGACGCCUGACCUCCCUUCUUUCUCUCUCUAAACCACUUUCUCUCUCUCUAAGAUCUCCUCCUGACCCAAGAACCUUCUGUUCCCUCUCUGUCUUUGCGCCCUGCGCCCUGCUGCGUGGAAUGACGCUUAACAAUGGCACACUUCUCUGUGCUCAAUCCUCCUGCCAUCCUCUUCCUCUUCUUGACUUUCUCUCUCUACCUUCUCUUCAUCUCUCUCUGGAAAAAGAGAGAUAAACCCAAAAACCCUGCCUCUCCCUUCGAGUGCUCCAUCUCUGCAAAAUCUCAGAGCAACCCAAGAAACCUAGUUGUAGAUAUCCCGGCUUCGAAUGCGUGCUCCAGUGACCAGGCCCAGUCUCCUUCCCCGAGCUCCCUGGUUUGCUCCGAGCUCCCACUUUCAGGGGAUGUAUCGGAGGAGCGAGAGAAUGUGGUUGUGAAGGUCGUUCAUUCUCAGGAGGGGGAUGAGCCAGAUAGAGGUGGGGAUGACGGAGAAAGUGUUGGGGAUGAGAAAGAAAGGGCGGAGGAGUCUAAGGUGAAGAAGAAGAAGAAGAGGAAAAAGAAAGGGAAGAAGAGUAAGAAUGAUUCGGAAGAUGCAGAGUGCAGGGAAGAGGAGGAGGAGAUGGUCUGCCCUUGUCGAAAGCUUCAUGAUUCCGCUUGUUGCUACCCUUUUACUUCUCCCUCGAGUGCUAUUCAGAGGAAAAUAAAGGAGCAGUAUGAUCUGAUCGUGAAGUCUGGUAAUUCAAAGGGCCUCACAUUGGAACAGGUUGGUAACUUUGUUAAUUGUCUACUUGACGCAAAGACUGCACUGCAACAAAAAUCAGAGGUUGUCAGAAGAAAGCAAAGAUUAGCCAUGGCAAAGUUAAUGUCAGCAAAGGCGGAUAAAUCGUCAUUUGAUCGCCUUUGUAUGCAGAUAAAUAGGUUAGAUAUUGAGCAGAAGAGAUUAGCAGAGGAUACUGCAGUCUAUAAUCUGCUUCAAGAGCAGCUGAAAUGUUCCCCUGCUUAUCAGAAGAUGCUUGAGAUCCGCAAUUCUCUUCUCGAGAUGAAGUCCAAUUCUCAGCAGUUGCGACCAAUCCCAGAUGUUGGUGAUGAUGACAUAUCAUUCGAGGACUUACUGGCUCAAGAGAAGAAGGAUUCAUUCUGGCAAAGGAACGGCAAGCUGAGGUCAUGCACAACUUGAGACGCUGAUGCUCAUUCUGCGAUUUUCCCUGAAAGCAGUAUGGACCAUCAUCAUCAUAAAUCGAGUAGACCAUUGGAGGUGUUUUGCACUGCAGGUGCUCCUUUUGGGUCUGUUUUGAGGUCCCCUCUGCUUUGGACAUACAAUUUAAUCUAUCUCUCUCUCAUGGCCUCUUAUGCUGGCUUCUUUUAUGGUGGGUUGAGGCAUUUCUUCUUACUUAUCUAAAUCUUGAGAGUUCCCCUGCCAUCUGUAGAGCUGUUGUACUUGUUUUGCUCUUCUUACUUACCUAAAUGGUCUCGAGUUUCCCUGCCAUGUUUAGGGCUGUUGUUCUUGUUUUGUUGUACCAAUCUUAGUGUAGUUAAUCCCAAAAGUGAGAGCUGAUGCCUGAACUUCACAAAAAUAUAGUCCUUUCUUAAAGAAUAUUGAAAGAAUUCCUCAAUAGAUGCAAUUCCUUGUGGCGUUUGUUUUGGCAA